AUGCUACUCGCGUGGAUUGUCGCCCUUGUGGGGUUUCUUUUCUGUUGGCUUUGGCAAUUGCGGUUGCGCUCAAAGUACGUUCACAGGCCCUACAAUGUAAUGCGGCGGCCGUUUCAGGAUCUACAGGUUGACUUCAUUGUUGUUGGUGCUGGCCCAGGUGGUCUCGCCGCGGCUCAGUGCCUAAUGGAGCGUGAAAAAGACGCCUCGGUGCUUCUCGUUGAGCGUGGCAUGGAUUCUCCCUCUACGGGCCCCUUCGUUACCAUCACUGGUAUUGCACACAUGGAUAAGUUGCUGUCGUACGCCGUGGAACUUGUGGGAUCAAAGCUGGACAGCAGAUGGUACGUGAACUGUCCUUUGCGUCAAGGAGUGAGUGGAAAUGAUGAGGGUGUUCCCUCCGUCGCACCGUAUCCGAGAGGAUGUGCAGUGGGAGGUACUUCCGUCAUGGAUUGGGCCAUUUACUUCCCACCUAUUCCUGUGACUGUUGGAGUGAAGCCUGUAGAAGAGGUUUUUGUCCCUCAUACUUUUUCGGUUGGCCGAAAUCCGUUGUCGUGGGCAUUUGCAGAAUCUUCUGGCGCGGUGCUGAAAAACAAACAUUAUUCCACCCUUUCAGCGCCGUAUGUCCGCAACUGUGUCUUCCCUGGAUUACUUCGUCUUGAUGAAGAUGGGUGUCGCCUCCCACUUUCACACUAUUUGCUGCAGAAACACAACUCCAGGUUUUCUCUUUUGGAGGGCUGUGAGGUUACGGGCCUCUCGUUGGAUGACAAAGGCAUCGUCACAAGUGUUCACUGCCGGUCGCUGGAUUCACGCACCUUUAAGGUGGCUGUUCGAAGAGGCGUCAUUUUGUCCGCCGGUAUUGUUGGGACAGCACGGAUUAUUAGGCACGUUUUUCCGAAGCUACAGGAGCACUUUACAGUUCGUGAUUCCAUUGCGUUGCCACUAAUUUUUCGAGCCCGUCCUGGGCUGUCGGACGAUCGUCGAAAUCUCCGUUCCUUUAAGGCACACAUGGCAUGGUGGAUAGCGCGACGAGGGCCUUUUCUUAACUCCGUAUGCGACACGUUGGCGGUCGUUGAUGUGCCUUCACUUGGUACCUGUGCGGAACUGGUCGUCUUCUUCUUGCCCUUUGGAGGUCGCGACCGCACACUUUAUAGACACUUGGGUCUGGAUCGCAUGCUUGGUGCAUUUGCAGAGGGAUUCAUGUUCUUGAUAACUUUGCGCGGUGUGGACGGCCUCUGCUUUGAUCUGUUAAUGGACUCUGUAGAGGGAUCUGUGGACGCGGGAGCAGAAUCCUCUUCUUACCUUAAUAGAGUUAUUUCACCCCCUUCUUCUGUGUUGUCCAGCGCACUGUUGGCGAAGGUGUCCUCGGCCUUCAUGGACGGCAUGCAACUCUGUCGAAAAAUUGUGGGUAAACCGCCACUCACGCGAUUCUCAAGCGGGCAGGAGGCGGUUGAUGCUACACUGACCGCAGACCCCACACUUGCCGUUCAAUACGUGAAGUUGACGCGAACUCUACCAUCGAAGCUCACCAAACAACAACGCAGCAAUGCACCGGCUUUGGUGGCAUGGGCAGCGGAAUCUUCAAGAAGCCCUGCGUACAUGGAUGCAUACAUUCGUCGACAUGCGUUCUGGUUGGGUUUUGGAAGUGGCUCCUGUGCGGCGUCACUCGCAAAUGCGAAUGAAAGUUUUCGCCUGUCAGGCACUCAAAAUGUUUUUAUUGGCGACUGCUCGGCAGUGGGGGAGAUGGGGUGGAGGGCCGGUGGCUGUGACACACUACGGUCUGGUUCUGUCUCCACCGCUAUGGCUUUAGGGAAGGCGGCGGCAAUUGAGUUGCUGUCACAUUAG